AUGCCGGUAGCACCAGCACCUCCAGCGAUCAAGGAAGGUUCAUCCAGUCCACAUCCACCACCUCCACCACCACCAUCAGGUUUUCCAAAAGAUGAAGGUGCAUCAGUAUCAUACUGGCUACGAGGCGUGCAAGGCGAUCCGCUUUUAAGACAUCGCACGACGCACCUACUCCCAGGUCAAGCCGAUAUCGUGAUUGUUGGCUCAGGCAUAUCUGGCACUGUGACCGCCAAGCACUGCAUCGAAAGAUGGCCGGAGAAGAGUGUCGUUGUUCUUGAAGCUCGCGACUUCUGCUCUGGCGCGACGGGACGCAAUGCCGGCCAUUGCAAGCCAGAUCAAUGGCGAGGAUUCUCUAGCUUUCAACAAACCUUUGGAACGGAGCAAGCUCUCAAGAUCAUGGAGAACGAGCAGCGGACGUGGUCAAGCAUCGUGGAGUACGUGCGUGAGAACAACGUAGAUUGUGACCUGUUCGUCGGGGACACCUUCGAUGUGCCUGUGACCACCGAAGCCGCAGAAACAGCGGCGCGUACGUAUGAUUCUUUGAAAGCGGUCGGCAGUCGACUUCAGCAUGUGCGGGUCACAUCCGAUCCGGGAGAAGCAGAAAAGAUCAGUGGCGUCAAGGGUGCUUUGGCAUGUUACGCUUGGAAAGCCUCAACGCUGUAUCCAUGGAAGCUGGUGGCUCACAUCAUGCGCCGUAACAUCUCAAACGGCGUGAAUCUUCAGACCCACACGAAAGCGGUCGAAAUCUCGAAAGAUCCCCGGAAUGAGAACAUCUGGAUAGUCAAAACUGAGCGAGGCGAUAUAGCAUGCUCUCAGGUUGUCCACGCAACGAACGCAUACAGCUCCGCCAUUGAGCCAAGCAUGUACAACAUCAUAAGACCACAACCACACAUGUGCGAUGCCUUUGAUCCGCCAGCAGGCUUCUUGCGCAACAACGCAGCGCAGCAUUCAUUCGGCAUUCUUUGCGGGAACGGAGUCUUCUAUAGUAUAAAUCCACGGAGCACGACUGCCGGUCCAGUUUUGUUUGGUGGAAGCAAUCCAGGUCAAAUCGAGCUUGCAAAAUGGCUUCGGAAGCAUCCUGCGAGAUGUGUUGAUGAUGGAUUGCUGGGUUUCGAGGCAGUGACAGAUGCUGCUAAAUCUUUCGCCGCAAACCAUCUGAUGGGAUGGUCUCAGAACCCCGACGCUCGUGAGAAGCUCCAUCGUGAAAGCUGGAGUGGAAUAAUAGCAAUGGUAAGUGAAAAUCAGCUACGCAUCUAG